AUGAGCAAAUUGUGGCAUGUGUGGAAGUGCAGGGACUCUCGUGGCCAUCUCGUCUUACAGGACUGGCACGAAAAAUAUGGGGAAUUUGUGCGAACCGGUCCCGCUGAAAUUACCAUAUUUCAUCCCGCGGCCUACGAGGCCAUGGAUGGUCAUGACAAUCGAAACACACGCUCUGAUUGGUACGACCUUCUCUAUCCUCGCAUAUCCUCAAUCUUUACUCGCGACCGACACCUGCACCAUGAACGGCGCAAGAUGUGGGAGCAAGCGUUGAGCAAAAAGGCAUUGAUCCAGUAUCAUCGGCGGGUGUUGAAAAAGGUACGAACACUGGAAAGCCGCGUUGCUUCUCAACAAUCGCGUGCUGUUCUCAUAAAUGACCUGAUGUAUUUCUUUGCCUUCGACUCUAUGGGUGAUUUUGCCUUUAGCGAGGAUUUUGGCAUGAUGAGGAGCAACAGGUGGCAUUCGUCGAUAGCCAUGCUGCGUUCGGCGCUCACGAUGCUGGGUCCUUUCAGUCCUGCGAUAUGGAUCCCGAGACUGGGAUUCGCAUUUAUUCCUACCCUUUGGAAGGUCCGACACUGGUUUCACAUGCUUGAAUUUUGUGAUCAAUGCAUGGCUCGACGGAUGAAGAAAACACUUCCAGAUCGCGAUAUUGCAUCUUGGUUCAUUGAGGACCAUGUCAAACAUGGAUCUGAUCCCACGCGAGCGAGAUGGUUGAGCGGUGAUACUGCAACACUAGUUGUAGCUGGAAGUGAUACCACUGCUCCAAGCCUAACCCUUCUCUUCUAUUUCCUUGCUCGGUUUCCUACCCAUACUGAGAAGAUAUAUAAAGAGAUCCGCGACAUUGAUAGGGAAAAUCCAGCUGCCUUGGCCACAUUGCCACAUCUGACAGGAACUAUAAAUGAAGCAAUGCGACUGCUCCCAGCAGUGCUAACCUUUAGCUCUCGAGUAACGCCACCAGAAGGGCUGACGAUAGACGGGACGUUUAUCCCGGGAAAUACCAAAAUAUGUGCGCCACGUUAUACACUUGGUCGACUUGAGACGGCAUAUGUCAAUCCCCAUGAGUUCAUUCCUGAGAGGUGGUACAGCAAACCGGAGCUGAUCAAGGAUAAAAGGGCAUUUGCUCCUUUUGGUGUCGGUAAGAGACAACCCUACCAUUGA